AUGAUUCUCCGCAACCCACAGAACCUAUCUUCUUGUCUACAGCCGACGCACCCCACACUUGGACACCGCUACGUUCCUAACACUCUGCUCGGAGUCAGAAGUCAGCGACAACUUGGAAAAACAGCAAUAUUUUCGACCUUUAAGACUCGACUCUCUAGCCCAGCCUCAGAAUCAAGUAAUUUAUCUUCGACGCGUGGUGCAGCGACUGGCGCAACCCGAGACAGCAUAUCGAACAUAGGUAAUGGGAUGGAAUAUACUAGCAGUGGGCUAGCUCGUAGGACGUAUGUCGACGAAUAUGGGACGACUUCCCCAGCAGAUGACACAGCGGAUGCGCCAAGAGUGGAUUAUACCUACAUGAGCCAACAGGAGCAGAGUCAGCUCGACAGGGAGGGGGGGCAUCACACCCAGGACGAGGGCUACAUAUACAAUAGGAUUGUUUCUGAGGGUGAGAGACGUACGGGAGGCGGUAUUCCAUCUUCUACAGGAAGCAGAAUGGAGAGCGAAACCGGAGCGGUUCGUGGAGGUGCGAGAGGAACUGAGAUGGGAGCUAGAAGUGGUGUGGGAUUCACGGAUAUGGCGAACGUCGCAGCAGAAAUAUCGCCGGUCAAUAUUUCAAGUGCGGGGUAUGAUAUAGAUAGUGACGAAAUUGGUGAAGGGGUGGGUAUGAGAACUGGCGAUGAAGACCAUCCAAGCCAGGAGGACAGAGAGGGGACUCAGGGUGUCUUGAUGAUGACAGAAGCGGGGCAGGGGCAAGGGCAAACUCCAACGUGGAGUGAGACAAAGACUAAGGUUCGCUUCCUAUCCGUUUGGCUUCCAUCUCAUAGGGUCCAAAGCCAAAGAUCAGAGUCGAGGGUAUUCCCGAGUCGUUAGUCGGAGUACUCUUGACACUGCUUUUCAUAAGUUUAGGCAGGUCAUGCCACUCGAUCCCUGAACAAGCUACUACAAUCACUGGCCUCUGGGUGGCUCAAUCGGCCUACUCCCGGGAGGGGCGGCUUUUAGUCACCCCAAGCGCACCUGAGCUCUAAUCUAACAGUUAAGCAUAGGCAGGGAAGGAUAGAAAGCGGCUUCCACUGGCGUGCAUCGCCUGUCGCCGCAAGAAGAUACGAUGCUCCGGGGAAAACCCUGCCUGUCGGCACUGUGUUCGGUCGAGGACUCCUUGUGUUUACAAACAAUCCACCCGCAAAGCAGCUCCUAGGACAGACUACAUGGCUAUGCUCGACCGACGAUUGAAGCGUAUGGAAGAACGGCUGAUCAAGAAUGUGCCAAAGGAGGAAGUCAGCGCUGUUCUUAGUACUACUGGGAGGUCCGUUGUAAGGCCAAGUAUUUCAACAACUAGCGCAAGAGCCGGUGCCCCAGCAAAGAAAAGAACGGCCGCAACGGCAUUUGGGGAUGAGUUGGAUAUAUGGGCUAGGGGAGAUAGUUCAACAGCACGGAAGGGGACGGGUAUACCGGAGACCUGGGGUGAUAGCCCUUUGGGGGCAGUGGGGCGAACGGAUGCCGACGAUGGGAGCCACGCCCUACCUCCGAAGGACAUCCAGGAACACUUAGCAGAGGUUUUCUUCGAUUACGUCUACGGGCAGCCAUAUUUCGUAUUGCACAAACCCUCAUUCAUGAGGCGAUUACGGUAUUUACCCCUCUCUGGAAUGCCUCUCUCAUGUCAUGGGGAGUAGGCGCACAUUAUUGGCAGCCGGGUUACCUAAUGGGUUUCUACAGGAGCGGAACCGCGCCGGCGGUAUUGGUUCUUGCUGUGUGUGCUGUAUCAGCUCGGUUCUCUAAGCACCCGGCGGUACGCCACGAUCCACCAUUUCUUGCUGGGGAGGCGUUUGCGAGCGAGGCUCGACGACAGAUAUUAAAGAAAUUCGAUACCCCAAAUGUCACCAAUGUUACUGUCUGUGUAUUGCUGGGUCUUCAUGAAUUCGGCACAUGCCAAGGGGGUCGAAGCUGGGCGAUGGGUGGAAUGGCCACCCGCAUGGCGCAUGCAAUUCAAUUGCAUAAAGAAGCAAAUAACGACCCGCUCGGAAAGCCACACUCAAGGCCAGCUGGCGAUUAUUUCCACCAAGAUGAAGGGGGGUAUAUGUCCUUUGUUGAUAGGGAAAUCCGCCGGAGGAGUAUGUGGUCUUGCUUUAUCCUGGAUAGGUUUACUUCAUCGGGGACAGAGAGGCCACAUUUGAUCGCCGAAUCAGAAAUCGAGGUUCAAUUGCCGGUACAUGAUAGGAAUUUGGAAUUGGAUAUACCGGCGGUGACAGAGCAACUUGAUGGAACAGUGAAGGGUUCUAGGGAAGAGGUUGGCGAUGUCACUGGUGCUAUGGGGGUUACGGCCUAUAUGGUCAGAGUUGUGGCUCUUUAUGGGAGAGUUGUUAAAUACCUUAAUCAGGUUAGUGCGCCAAAAGACUUGGUAUCCAUUCCGCACCCUUCUUUCAUUCCUUUCCACUUCAUCUCUCGUGCUCCUUGUGGAGUCCCAAGCCCCCUUGGAUUGUGGAGAUACAGAGUGGAUUGCAAAUACCGAACCUUUUUAUUGACUUCUCUUAGGGGGGGAAAGAGCGCGACCCUCGCGAGAUUUGGGAGCCAAAUUCUCAGUUUGCAUCUCUUAACAAGGAGAUAAGCCAAUUCGAAAACAGCCUACCUAGUCGUCUCCGAUAUACUCCCGAAAACAUGCAGGUUCACAUCACAGAGCAUCUCGUUGGCCAGUUUGUUUUCGUGCAUAUUGCCCUUCAUCAAGUACGACUCUUUCUCAACAAAUCAGGGGUCCCAACGCCUACCCCCCAGGGUCAGAGCUCUCCUCUGGAGUUUGGAAAGAACGCAGGGGAAAUCGCCUUGUCCUCGGCGACGGAGAUAUCACGAAUAAUUUUGGAUGCUGAGGAGCGCGGGGUUCUCGUGGUGGCCCCUUUUACAGGGUAUUGCGCAUUCAAUGCUAGCAUGGUGCACAUGGUGCGAAUGUUCUCAUUCUCCAAUAACAGGGAGAUACAAGAGGAAUCAAGAAACAAUAUGCAAAUAUGUCUGAGGUUCCUGAUGCAGCUAAGACAAUAUUGGGGUCUCUUCCAUGCUAUAACAGAUAAUCUCAAGAGAUUAUAUCGUAGUCUUGCUGACUCCCUUGCACGGGGCUCAUCGUUCCCUGAAGAAACCACCCGAACAUUGCAGUAUGGAGACUGGUUUCAAAAGUACCCACGAGGGGUGAACGCCAGCGACUACAAAGAAAUGACAUCAAAGCCCCAUACUUCAGAUGGGGCCUCUACCCAGGACGCCGUGCUGAGCCAAAAGUCAAAUCUUCAAACCGCAGACGAAUUCUUUGCAAGAUUAGGGCCAUCGAGACAUAAUCGGUCCCCCGCUGCCCCUCCUGCUCCAGCCCCCCACGCUCCCAAGGCUCCGAUACAGUCUUACAUUCGCACAUCUCCCCCAAUUCAUUCACAGACGCCCUCGACUAUACAUCCGGGAAGUUCACCUGGCUCCUUGCAUCACAGCCAAUCACCCACAACACAUCACUCGCCAAUGGGUGCGUCUCCUGCAACCAUUCCCACUCCGACAAUGGCUCAAAGUCACGGUAAGAUGGAGGGAAAUUUAGAUCCCCAACUACUAAGCCCACCGCAGAUAUCCAAUCCGCAAGGCAUGUCCCGGCAAGCAAGCCUAUAUCGCGCAAACUAUCAGCAGCAAACCCAGAGCUCCCAACACAAUCCAGCAAUUCCGUCCAUGGUGCCGGACAUAUCUUCGCAUCAGGUACCGUAUCCCAAUUACCCCAUUGCCCUGCCUAGGGGCCCCGCGGGUGUAGGUACGGAAGGAAUGAGGAUGCACCACCCCCAACAGCAGCAGCAGCAGCAUUCCCAAAGCGCACCUUCCCAAUAUUUCCUCUACGACCUGUACUCUUCGGGAUCAGACCCCGCAUUCGUGAUGGCUGCAACCACGCUUAACAGCGGGAUAUGGCCCGAGCUCCAGGGCCAAGUGAGUGGAGCGGAUGUGGAUGCCUUUACGGAACAGCCGAGCAGCGCGUGGUUCCUGCCGUUCAACUCGUGCCCUCCGGAUUUCGAGCCAGGAAUUGAGGGGAUGGAAAGCAUAAAUAUCACGGGCGCCGGCGGUAGUGCUGGUGCUGGCGCAGCAGCAGCAGCAGCAACGGUAACAAGAGGUGGUGUCCCGGGGGCAGGUGGAGAUGAUGGGGGUGGAGUAGGUGGAAGAAGGGGUGGAGAAGGUGGAAGUGGGGGUGGGCUACCGCAUCUAAUAUCUAGAAGCGGACAAGUCCGUCAGGGAGGAGGAACUGGUUCGAGUGCUACUGCAUAUCACGAUCACAAUGUACGAUGA